AGGAUGUCGCACACAUCAUAACUCAUACUUCGUUGGACAUGCAUCCAGUUUAGGAGAAAAAACAGUUUCGUCUUCCCUUGAUUUCAAGUAAAGCAGAACACAAGCACUGUAACUCUGCAACCUAUGAACAGUCAGCGCCGUCUGAUGACUGUGAGUUCUUCUCUUUUGUUGUUUUAGGAAAAAGUCAAACUUGGUCGAUAGUGUCCGAUUCUUAGUUUCUUACAUUAUUACACUACAACGCGCAUUCAGUCGAUCAGAAAGGCUGCUUGCUUUCACUUGUUAUUAACUUCUACUUGUCUUUAAUUUAUUAACUGUCCUCGUCUUUUAGAUCCAUUCAUACAUAUAUUUAUUUACUUGUAAGUUGUAAGCAUUCCACUUCUUUCUUUCUUCUAGUUUUGGUCAUCUUUCUAUCAAUUCAUCCCAGAUCUCUUUUUCAACUAAAAGGGUAGCCAAAAGUUUUGAUUUUUAUGACACCCUUUUCAUCUUUUGUAAAAACCCAACAAGUAUAUUCUCAUUCUCUGUUUGCUUUAUAGAUCCUUCUUACAAGGUUGACUUGGUCAACUCAACUCACUUCUUUGAUUGGCAUAACCCUACUUGACCAUCCAGAUUUUUAUUAACUUGGGUCUAUUCUUUUGUACUUGUUGAAGUGUUUGUCAUUGUAAUUUAAGUUGAUAUAGAAUCUAAAUUAUGAAGCUUGUAGUGCGUGUAAUUGAAGCUAGAAAUAUACCAGCAAUGGAUCCAAAUGGUUAUAGUGAUCCAUUUGUUAGGUUAAAAUUAGGUAGGCAGAGGUUUAAAACUAAAGUGGUGAAGAAAUCUUUGACUCCUUCUUGGUGUGAAGAAUUUUCUUUCAAAGUUGAAGACUUGAAGGAAGAGCUUGUUAUUUCUGUUUUGGAUGAAGAUAAGUACUGUAAGGAUGAUUUUGUCGGUCUAGUUAAAAUUCCGGUUUCUCGGGUUUUGGAUGCUGAUAGCAAGUCACUUGGCACAGCUUGGUACACAUUGCAGCCCAAGAAUAAUAAGUCCAAGAUCACGGAUUGUGGUGAAAUUCUUCUCACUAUACGUUUCUUGCAAAACAAUCCAUUUACGGAUGAACAAGAUCUUGACUUAGCACCAUCCAGAAACUCUACCGACACAGCUUAUGAAUCACCAUCGAGAUCCUUUAGUACCUUUUCCUCUCCAAACAGAUUAGAGGAGGUUGCUCCGAUUAAGGAGGAGAAGUCACAGAUUCAGAAUUUUGUUAGCAGGGUUGCUCAACUAUUCAACAAAAAUGUAGAGUACAACCCUACCACUAGUGAAAUCACGCAGAUGCCAGAGAUGCUGGAAACAGCUAAAACUGAGAUUAUUGAGGACAGUUCUGCAGAACCAUCUUCAUCUCCCUCUUUUAGUGAUGCAAUGAAAAGUUUGGAAUUGAGAUAUCAAGAAAUUGAUAUGCCAAGCAAUCUUUCUGGAGGAGUAAUCAUAGAUCAAUUGUAUGCUCUUGCAUCACCUGAGAUGAAUUCUUUACUCUUUUCACCAGAUUCAGACUUGCUCAGGUCCCUAGCUGACAUACAGCGGAACACAGACCUGCAACUACGACCUUGGAAAUUCGAGGAUGAUGGGAGUUUGAAAAGAGUGAUUUCUUACACCAAAGCUGCAAGUAAAUUAAUCAAGGCGUUGAAAGCCACUGAGGAGCAGACAUACUUGAAAGCAGAUUCGAAGGGGUUUGCAGUUCUAUCGAGUGCCAGCACGCCAGAUGCGCCAUACGGGAGCAGUUUUAGGGUAGAAGUUCUUUACUGCAUUACACCGGGGCCUGAGUUGCCAUCAGGGGAACAGUCAUCUCGAGUAGUAAUAUCGUGGAGGAUGAACUUUUUGCAGAGUACUAUGAUGCGAGGUAUGAUAGAAAAUGGGGCAAGACAAGGUGUAAGAGAAAGUGUUGAGCAGCAUGCAGCUUUGUUGGCUCAAAAUGUACGCCUAGUUGAUCCUAUGGACAUUGCUUCUGACAAGGAACAAGUUUUAGCAUCGCUACAGGUGGAACCACAGUCAGACUGGAAACUGGGAAUCCAGUAUUUUGCUAAUUUUACGACAAUAUCUACCAUUUUCAUGGGAUUUUAUUUGCUUUUGCACCUCUGUUUAACCACGUCUAACACAGUUCAAGGACUUGAAUUUGUGGGGUUGGACUUGCCAGAUUCUGUUGGGGAAGUUAUUGCAUGUGCUAUAUUAGUUCUUCAAGGUCAACGAGUGCUGGCACUUAUAUCACGUUUUAUGCAUGCCAGAGUUAAGAGAGGCAGUGACCAUGGAGUUAAAGCACAGGGGGAUGGGUGGUUACUAACCGUUGCCUUGCUUGAAGGGAGCAACUUGGCCACUGUUGAGUCAACUGGGUUCUCUGAUGUUUACGUGGUUUUUAGCUGCAAUGGCAGAACUAAAACCAGCUCAAUCAAGUUCCAGAAAUCUGAUCCUCUGUGGAACGAAAUAUUUGAGUUUGAUGCAAUGGAAGAACCUCCUUCUACGCUGGAUGUGGAUGUUUAUGAUUUUGAUGGGCCAUUUGAUGAAGCUAUGUCUCUGGGACAUGCUGAAAUUAAUUUUGUGAAGAGUAAUAUAUCUGAGUUAGCUGAUGUAUGGGUUCCUCUUCAGGGGAAACUAGCACAGACAUGUCAAUCUAAAUUGCAUUUAAGAAUUUUUUUGAAUGACACAAGAGGCACUAAUGCUGUUAAAGAAUACCUAACGAAGAUGGAGAAAGAGGUGGGAAAGAAGAUUAAAUUGCGGUCUCCUCAGACAAAUUCAGCAUUUCAGAAACUGUUCAAGCUUCCAUCAGAAGAAUUUCUCAUAAAUGAUUUUACAUGUCAAUUGAAACGUAAAAUGCCUCUGCAGGGCCGUCUGUUUUUAUCAUCAAGGAUAAUUGGAUUCCAUGCUGAUCUUUUUGGGCGCAAGACAACCUUCUUUCUUCUCUGGGAGGAUAUAGAAACCAUUCAGGUGGUUCCACCUACUUUGUCAUCAAUGGGCAGUCCAAUUAUCGUAAUCACUUUACGGCCUGGCAGAGGCUUAGAUGCACAACAUGGUGCAAAAAUACAGGAUAGUGAAGGUAGACUGAAGUUUCAUUUUCAGUCUUUUGUGUCUUUCAGUGUGGCAAACAGGACAAUUAUGGCACUAUGGAAAGCAAGAGCCUUGAGUCCAGAGCAGAAGGUACAAAUAGUUGAAGAGGAAAACAAAGCUAGUAAUCUCCUUGUUGAAGAAGAACCUGCUGAUAAAAGCCUGGAUGCAUCUGAGGAAGAAUCUGAUACCAGAAGUCUUCAAAGUGAGGAGAGUGGGUCAUUUUUAGGCUUUGUGGAUGUUGACACGCCCAUGUCUGUGGUUUAUUCUUCUGUUCUCUCAGUUCCUACUGCUUAUGUCAUGGAGUUAUUCAGUGGGAGUGAAUUGGAUGAUAGGGUCAUGGAGAGAGCUGGUUGUCUAAAUUACUCUCACACUCCUUGGGAAAAUGAUAAGCUUGAUGUGUUCAUGCGGCAGAUUUAUUACAAAUUUAAUAAAGGUAUUACUCGAUAUAGAGGAGAAGUGACAAGCACACAACAAAAAACUCGCCUCUCAGAUAGACAAGGUUGGCUCAUUGAAGAAAUAAUGACCCUCCAUGGAGUUCCGCUAGGUGACUAUUUCAAUCUAAACCUGAGAUACCAACUUGAAGAUCUCCCCACAAGAUCCAUCGGAUGCAAUGUGCAAGUUUAUAUUGGUGUCGCAUGGUUGAAAAGUACCAAAUAUAAGAACAGGAUCACAAAGAACAUCCUCACAACUCUGCAAGGGCGUCUAACAGUCAUGUUUAGUACAGUAGAGAAGGAAUUUAUAUCAGGAAUGUAGAUAAUUUACUGUAGAUUUUUGAGCUUGCUGAGGAGGAGUUUCUGAUCAAUGCAUCCACUAUCCAUACGUUCUUCCGGUCAAAUCUAACUCUAGAAUGGAAGCGAGAAGCAUCUGUCUUAAUUUACGUAACUGGUGUCUUAUGGUAUCUAGUUGCAUCAAUGUUUGAUGGCAUAUAUCAUGGUUCCGAAUCAGUACUCUAUUCCGCGGUACAGAAUGCCAGGACAAUGUGUUCCUUCUGUUUGUACAAGUGAAACCUCGUAGCAUAGCUUUACAGAGCUUAGUUACAAGAUGGUGGCUGAUGAGGUUAUCAUCUAUAUUGAGCUUGAUCAAAAGGGCAGUACGAUUAUCCAGUUCUCGGCAUUAUAGUUGAUCAUCUAGCUUUGUCUCGACGGGUAUUGACAUGAACUUCUAACUUUUUUGCUUCUCUAGCUUUACAGAUGUGCAAGGCCAAGACGUCAAAUAUACCUUGCAUAUACGAACACGGAUACAAUGACACAGAUACAAACUUGUGAAUUCUUUUGGCCUUGAAUCUGGUCAGCCAUGUAUGUUACUUAAUAUUGUAGGGUAAAUAUUCAUUUCAUGUUCAAAGUCAGCGAAAUAAAUGGUUAAUUUUUAUAGACAACAGGUUUAGAUCUUCA